CUCAGUCAAACACACCCUUCCGACAAAAAAAAAAAAAAACACACCCUUACAUCCACCAUAACAACAGAUAAAACCACCUCCUUGGCUCCUUAUAUCUCAUUUGCUCCUCUCUUUUUGGGCCAAUUCUCUAUCUCUUCUUUUCCUCUUCCACCCAUCCUCCCCACCACUACCGCCACCACGGCACGACACCACCCUCGCCAUUCUCGAUAUCAUCACACAUCAACCACCGUACAAUCCGAUACAUAUUCAUCAUAUAUACUAGGUGGUGGUUGUUGCUGUUGUUGUUGUUGUACAUCAUCGAACAACAUAUAUACACAAUCAACAACAUCAUGGUUGAUCAAAUAAAACAACUAAGAGAAAUAUUUACGCGAUUCGACAUGGACUCAGACGGCAGCAUAACAAUCCUAGAGCUAGCAGCAUUGCUAAGGUCCCUAGGCCUUAAACCAUCAGGAGACCAGCUAGAAGUAAUGCUAGCCUCCAUGGACUCUAACGGUAACGGUUCCAUCGAGUUUGACGAGUUAUUAAGCGCAAUCUUGCCUGAUAUGAAAGAAGAGAUAUUUAUAAAUCAAGGGCAGUUGUUAGAAGUGUUCAGUAUAUUCGACCGCGACGGUAAUGGUGUCAUUACAGCUGCAGAGCUAGCAGGAGCUAUGGCUAAGAUGGGUCAGCCUUUGACAUACAGAGAGUUGACAGAGAUGAUCAACGAGGCCGAUGCUAAUGGAGAUGGUGUUAUUAGUUUUCAUGAGUUUGCUUCUAUUAUGGCUAAAUCUGCUGCUACUUUUCUUGGCCUUCCUAUCUCAUAAUUUAGAGAUUUAUCAGUCAGAUUUAUGUAAACUAAUUGGUUUGUUGAUUAACUGAUACGUUUUUUUUAA